UUUCAGCUAAUAGAGUGGAGUGGAAGAAAAAACAAAAACAAAAGUGGAAAUAUUCAAGCAAUGACGCGUAGCUAAAAGGCAAUCGUUUGAGAUGUUCGUGUUUUUGGGGGUCAACGAGUUAGCCACCCCAUACUACAAUUCAAAAUUACUGCAAACGCACUACAACAACACGCAGCGCUAAAAAAUCAGCCAUCUCUUAUACGCCUGUCUUCAGUCAGCAUAUAAAUGGUAUAUUAUUUUUUUGGGACCAGUUACAAAUAUUUUGGAAACUUAUAUUUUUGGAAGAACGGAAAGAGGUACAGCAACAGCUACUAGCUGGCAACUCCACGCUGCUUCGCUCACAGAUGGUUGAUGUGUUUGCCCAACUGGUCGUCCCCAGCAAACAUGUCGUGAAUUGCGCGAGAGAAUGUUGUGCGAGGCCAAGACAGCGCGUGAAAAAAUUCUACACUUGCAAUUGUUGGAAGGAAAAAAUUUUAAGGAAACUAGAAAAUAUAUUUUUGCAAAAUUUCUAAGCAGUGCACAAAAGAAGAUUGUGUGAAAUUAAUGUGAAGUGCGGGAUUAUGUUAUUACGGCAAGGAAUCGCAUAAAAUGUGACCCAAUUCGUUGUGUGUGCGAGUGUUGUUGAAGCUGAUUGUGCGAGCACAAGUACCAUAACAACAAUUACAAAAUAGCGAAUGUACUUUGAAAGCAUACAAUACAAUUGAAAGAGAGAGAGAAAGAAAGAAGGAGAGAGCGCGCGAAAACGUUAUAGUGUGAGCGCAAGCAUACCCAGGAGCGCUAUCAAAGUAACACGAGCCGUUCUCAUCGUCGAGUGGGUUGUGCCACUGACAGCUAGCCAGUCAGCCAGCUAGCUAGCAAUAACAAAAACAAAACGACAACAAAACAACGCAUAUUUUCAAUAGCAGCAGCCUAGCCUCUUACGGCCGUAUUCAUACUUCGCGUCCUUCAUUUAUUUACACCAGUGAAAAUAUGAAGAUCAAUGCAAAAAUGGCCACCCCUAUUGAGGAAAAGGAUGACCAGAAUUUAAAGAUUCGCACUGGUAUGGUGAAUGUCAGCGAUGGCAAAAGUAAACCAGAACCACUUAGACUGAAUUUAACUAUGGAACUAGUAACCUUACAAAGGUUAGAAGUCGUUACACCAACAAAUCCACACAAUGGACCACCAAUGGAGUCAAAGGAGCGCAUGGUACAGAUUACACGUCAAAAGCAAGGCGGCCUUGGUCUAAGCAUAAAAGGUGGUGCCGAACAUAAAUUGCCCAUUUUAAUAUCGCGCAUUUACAAGGAUCAAGCGGCGGAUAUUACCGGCCAACUAUUUGUUGGCGAUGCGAUAAUUAAGGUGAAUGGCGAAUACAUCACCGCAUGCCCGCACGAUGAUGCGGUGAAUAUAUUGCGUAAUGCCGGUGAUAUUGUUGUGCUGACGGUGAAGCAUUACCGUGCUGCGACGCCAUUCCUGCAAAAGCAACUUGCCAAGGAGACACCCGAUUCGGACAAUGAUGCAACAUGUGCGGAAUUAAAGGCUGACGAAGGCUACAAGUCCUCGGUAAAUAACGGUACAAUAAGUCGCAGCUGUAGUCGCCCGAUGUCGAUUUGUUCGGAACCGGAAAAGAAAUGGGUGGAUGUGGUGGCUGUGCCGCUGAUGAUGGCCUACGUAACGCGCUAUAUCUAUGGCACCGAUAAGUUACGCCCCAAUGCGUUUGAAGUACGUGGCCUUAAUGGCGCCUCGACUGGCAUAAUACACUGUGAUGAUUUGGCCAUACUCAGUCAAUGGCUUAAAUUGAUAACCGACAAUGUUGUUGGAUUGACACAUUUACAAAUGAAGCUUUAUAAUCGCAAUUUUGCCGUUGGCGAACGCAUCGAGUAUAUGGGCUGGGUGAAUGAGGGUGUUAUUAACAACAAUAUCUCCUGGCAAAGUUACAAACCACGUUUUCUAGUAUUAAAAGGCACUGAAGUGAUGCUCUUUGAAACACCACCGUUAAAUGUCGCCGGUUUGUCGAAGGCGCUGGUGGCUUACAAGGUCUAUCAGACGAUGUUUCGUGUUGUGAAAGAAUCGGAAACGGUGGAUAGUCGUCAGCAUUGCUUUCUGCUGCAGAGUUCCGGACAUGAGCCGCGCUAUCUGAGCGUCGAGACGCGUCAGGAGUUGCUACGCAUUGAGAAUAGUUGGAAUGCGGCCAUAGUGACGAGCGUUAUUAAAUUGGGCCGCAAAACUUUCGCCGUCUCACAUCAUGGCAAGAGUGGCGGUCUAACUUUAGACUGGCAGUCCGGGUUCUCGCUGGCGGAAGGUGCCGACUCGGCCAUCGUUUGGCAGUAUAAAUUCUCACAACUACGCGGUUCCAGCGAUGACGGCAAAUCAAAAUUAAAACUACAUUUUCAGGAUCAUGAAACGCGUGCAAUUGAAACAAAAGAACUGGAAUGUCAAGUGCUGCAAAGUUUACUCUUUUGUAUGCAUGCCUUUCUGACCGCCAAAGUCGCUUCGGUUGAUCCGGCGUUUCUAAGUUCGAUACAACAAACUUAAAAUCGGUGCACUAAUGAUAGAAACAAAGAAAUCGGAUGAAAUUCGAUGCGAUUAAUUGAUAUUUAGAACAAGCGAAAAUGCGCUACACAAAUGUGGCAGCAAGAAAUUUAUUAUUGUAUUGAACAAUUUAAACGACAAGUAGGUACUUAAACAAUUACAAACUAACUAAAGAAGAAAACAACAAAAAAAUAUUAAAAAAAUAAAUAAAAUAAAAAGAAAGAGAAAUAUUUAUAACUGAUAUUAAAGAAAAUUAGCUUAAAAUUUAUACUUAUACUUUGGCAUAUACCACUUAUAUAUAUAUAUUAUAUAUACAUAGAUAUUUAAAACAAUUACAGUACUUAGUAUGGAUAUAAUUGAAAA